AAGGUUUUACGCCUUUGGUUGCUCCUGCUUAUAAUUCCCACUAACUUAACUAAUACUGUCCUGCUCAGUACUAUAUAUGCAUGUUCAUUAUGAUCACAAUCUCUCUCUGUUUCCUCUAUCACCUUAAUCUUAGUUACUUAGUAUAAGUCUCUUGGUUAAUUCUGGGUUCUUCUUCUGUCAUCAUAAAUAUCAAUACAUAUCAUCAACAUGGGAAAUUGUUGCAGGAAACAUCUUCAAGAGCCAAACUCUCCGGUUCCCGUUAUUUCUCAAACUCCUACUGGCGGUUCUCAUCGAUCCAAGAAAGUUAAUAGAACAACAGUUGGAGACAGAACUACUUCAACUGUUUCCUCAACUUCUGUGGGAGAAACGAAGCGUGAAAAACAGAGAUCCCCACUUCAAGAGAUCACACAUGUUGCUUCAAACACAGAUAUAGAGAAGCCUAGCAGAGAGAAAAGGCGUGGUUACCGAAUUGCUCGAAAAGCUGGGAGUUCUAAUAUUGAGGGAGUGAACAUGAAUGAUGGAGUGUUUCAUGCUUACUACAACUGCAAGCUACGCUGCUUUUGUUACAGUGACUUGAAAGUGGCCACGCGCAAAUUUAGCAGCAAAAAUUUAAUCGGGCAAGGCGGAUUUGGUGAUGUAUAUAAAGGGUAUGUGAGUUACUGCACUAUGGACUCUGCGGCAAAACCAAAUGAGGGACUCGCAAUUGCCAUCAAAAGGCUCAGAAAGACCGGGACACAAGGCCAUGAACAAUGGGAGAAUGAAAUCAAAUUCAUGGGCAAACUAAACCAUCCCAACAUAGUGAAGCUACUAGGCUACUGCCAUGACGGUGGGCACAGGAUGUUGGUUUAUGAGUACAUGAGCAAAGGAAGCUUGGAGACUCAACUACUGGCAGAGAAUGCGCCGCAGUUAGAUUGGAGCAGAAGAAUUAAUGUAGCAAUGGGGUUAGCUAAGGCCCUAGAUUCUCUUCACAAUCAUGGCACGCCGGUCAUUCAUAGAGAUUUGAAAGCUUCCAAUGUCCUGUUGGAUGAUGACUUCAAUGCUAAGCUAUCAGAUUUUGGCCUGGCUAGGUAUGGACCUCUCUGUGACCAGGACCGCAUAAUGACAAGGAUUCUUGGCACCAAAGGCUAUAUUGCACCGGAAUACAUAGGAACUGGACAGGUAACGCUGAAAACCGAUGUGUACAGCUUUGGAGUGGUGCUGUUGGAGAUUUUAUCAGGCUGCUGUGCCGUGAAGAAAUAUUCAGAUGGGAUGGCCGGAGAUCUUAUACAGUGGGCUGGACCAUAUCUUUGCAACAAGCAACAACUGCAUCAAGUGAUUGACCAGAGACUGGGAAGGAACUACCCAAAGAAAGAGGCUCAAAAGUUUGCGGAACUCAUCCUCCACUGCCUUGCUUCAAACCCCAAGAGCAGACCAACAAUGACUGAAGUUGUAGCUGAGUUGAAGGACUUACAAGAAAAUACAAGCAGCAGCAGUACUCCGAACUCGUACCAUACUCCUACAUUUACCCCAUGCCCUCCUCCAUACAAAAUACUUUUACCUAGACGAAAUGGAUGUCAGACAAAGUAAGCUCAUCAUGUCUUUGAUAAUGCUGUCUGUCUUCCCAUAAUGCAUGAAGGCAACUGAAACGGUUCCUAUCUGAAUCAAUAUACAAGGAGAAAAGUUGUACACGAGUAAAGGAAUCGUUAUAUGCAAGUAGAAAAAGUGUCUUAUA